AUGUACGAAGAAGUCAACACAUCCCUCGUUGAUGAUGAAGACGACGAGCUGACCAGUGAAAUUCCACCUGAUUCAUCAAUUGCUUUUAUGGUUAAUGAAGAAUGUUCGCUCGAUGGUAAUGCUCGAUAUUCAGGAGAUUAUUCUGCUUUUCACAUGGUGCAGGAAAAUGUUUCAAGUGAAAAGCCAAUCACAAACGAAGAUAUUUAUAAUUUACUUAUUCGUAUUCAUCGUGUUGUACAAAAAGAACGUAUAGGUCCAAAUAAAGGUGGUUUUAUUCUUGAUGUAAAAAUACGUUGGAACAGUACGUUCAAAAUGAUCGAUCGUCUACUUAAUCUUCGUAGUUUAGUUGAUGAAAUUUUUGCUAAACGUGAUUUCAAUGGAUUAACAUCGGCACAAGAAACAAAAUUGCGUUCGAUCAUGUUUACAUAUGAUGAUUGGGAAUUAUUAACUGCAUUACAUGAUUGUCUGAGUCCUUUUGACAAGGCUACGACUACACUCUCUGGUGAUUAUCCAACACAGUCAAUGUCGUACUUUGUUCUACAAACAUUAAAAGAAAAUGUUCAACAAAACUUUAAUCCAACGUACUAUCAUACAAUCAUCAACAAAAGCUUAAAUUUUCAAUCAGAAUAUUAUCUCGAUGAUUUUUUACCAGGUGCUCAAACGCUUGCCAUGAAAGUGGCAGCAUUUCUUGAUCCACUUUUCCAUGGGGAUAUAAUAUUAUACAAAGAAGAUUAUGAAGCAGCAAAGCAGUUGCUUACGCAAAACAUGCAACAAAUGGAUUUAAUGCCAUCUGAUACUUCAGCAAUCUUCUCAUCUAGUACAUCACAAGCUUUAUCAUCAAUAAUAAAUUCUGAUCGUAUGAUGUCUUUUAAAUCCAGUCUUAUGAAUGUUACUAAGAAAAAAGCUUCUCCACCUUUAUCAUUUCAACCUGUUAGUGUUGAUCUCGAAAUGGCAAUUUUUCUUAAUCUAAUACGAGAUAAUGAAUCAAUGGAUUUUCAAAUGUUUUGGAAAAACAAUGCCCGUACACUGCCACGCUUAAAUCAACUUGUACGUCGAUAUAACAUAAUCCCAGCUACAUCGGUUUAUUUAGAACAACAGUUUAGUGUAGCUGGUGCAAUCAAGAAUAUAAGACGCGCAUCUAUGUCGUCCUUGUCAUUACGUAGUUUAAUUAUCUUAAAAAAGAAGGACAAGAUCGAAAAAAUUCGUCUGUUUGCUCAUAAACAAUAA